AUGAUGCUGCCCAUUCUGCUGCUGCUCCUACAAGUCCUAAGUCCAACUCUGGCCUGGAUACCAGAUGAGGACUGGGGGUCUGGUAAUGUGAUGUCAUCAGUGGGGGAUUCGGGGCAGUGUGUUUGUCAGUUUUAUCUACCUGACACCAACUUUCCCACUGACCGGUGUGGGGUGCAGCACAUGCAAGAAGUUAGCAAGGAUCUGAUCCAGGAAGUGCGAAUUCAAAAGAACAAGAUCGAGUCUUAUGAAGUGAAGUUGGAGGCCUACUUGAAAGAACUGCAAGAACUGCAAAUUUUAGUGUCCAAUCUUGGGUCCAGUGCUGAGGACUACAUCAAAGUGGACUUCGAGCUGCUCAGGAUUUAGCUCAGAGAGUUUGAGUCUCUGGUGUCUCAGCUCAAAGAUGCCUUCAAUUCCUCCUCCCCCAUGUUUGACUCACUCUAUACUGAGGUGAAACACUUUUAUGCCUUCGACACUAAGACUGGGGAGGAGAAACACCUUAUUGUUCCCUUUCAGAAGUUCCAGGAGAAAUGUUCCAACCUGCACUACAACCCCACUGAUCAGCUACUCUACAUGUACAACGACAGUUACUACAUGUACUACCAUGUCAAGUUUAACAUGGGAUGA